CUCAUUUAAUAUUUGUUAGGAGUUUUUGUUAUUAAAGUGUUAAUUGAAUAAUUUGCAUUUAGACAAUCUUUUCACUUAUUUCUUCUUUCUUUCAUAUAUAUUGUUUUUAGCCACCAUGUGGUUGCUGGGAAUCAAAUCUAGGUCCUCUGGUAGAGCAGACAGAAUUCAUAACCAUGGAGACAGCUCUCCAGACCUGACACCUAUUUCUUUAAAGGGGAAUAUUAUGCAGCUCUAAAGAAAAAUUACACCACAAAAUUUUUUGGUAAAUGAAUGGAGUUUAAAAUGUGCACUAUUAAGUGAAGUGACUCACCUCCACCAAGAAAGAAGAAAAUGACAUGUUCUUCCUCAUGUGUGAAUCCUAGAAUAUAAUGGAUACACAUAUAUGUAAGCAAAUGUGCAUGUGCAUAUGUUUUAAGAUUUAGAAAGUGGUAAAGAAUAAUAUUAGGUGAUGAGGAAGGAUAAAAUGCAAUUAAAAAUCACAGGAGUCACGAAAGAAGAUAUGGGCAUUUUUUUUUGUUGUGUUGUGUUUUGUUUUACUUCUGUAAUGAGAUUCCCCCUCCCACCAUGGAGGGCAAGUUCAUAAAAUUGUGAUUGAUAGUGAAAGCAUAAACCCUAAUGAAGCCCAGUGACUUCAGAAUGGCCAUCCGAAGUCUACAGAAGUUCAUUAAAUAUAUGGAGUUUAAUACUGGGUGUGUUAGUGUGCAUAGCUACCUAAUCUAAUAAUGUGAGGUUUUUAAUUUGUGAGUUCAUUAUAAUAAAGUGGGUCUUAUACUAAAUUUGUUCUUUCAAGACAAUCGGUAGCUUUUGCUCUUUGUUCUUCCCUGCUUUUCCCGUCUUCCCUGUCCCUUCUCUUCCUGUUCUCGUAGGCAACUUUCUUCUCCUCUCCUCUUCUUCUCUCAUUAAACCUCUCCACAUGGAAUAAAAAAGAAAAGAUAAUCAGUAAUUGUUUAAGCUUCAAGUCUAUUUGAGUAUUUUACCAUUUGAUCAAUCUUUGUGGAUGUCAGGUAUAUUUGUGAUGACCCUAGGUUUAAUGAGAUCAUUUUAUUAUUUAGUGAGCAUUGUGUGUGUCAUGGAGGAUAGCAAUGAUUCUUUCUAAGUCUUCCCUUUCUGCAAACAACCACUUUAGUCAGUAUGCAGGCUGUGCUCAUUUUUAUGAGUCACAUGUGGAGUCUAUAGUAUUUAGUGUCCAAAGUGAAUCCUUAGACUACUGUUCCUUGUCUCUUUCGUUGAUGUGCUCUCUUAGAACCCUGUGUAAACUGAGUUCUAAUUUCUUUGGAUGGGGAUUUGGAACAAUCUGGUUCCUGAUCACUAGAACUGGGAGAAUAGGGCUGGAAGGCAUCUUAUGUGCUUAUGCUUGGAUCACUGGAAGUUGUAGCGGUCAUGUCUGAUGCUGCCUUUGUUGUUAACUGGAACCUCUCCUGUGCUGUCUUCUCAGCAGAUAAACUCUACAGCUGCCAUUAUUGCUGAGAGGCUACCUCAGUGAAGGAGCUGCGACAGCAAAGCAGGUUACCGCUCUUCCAUACAGAUACUUGAAAGGGUCACAAAUGCUGGCAAGAUCUUGAUGGUGGUGGGGACACUCUGUCAGAAAUUGUUCAAGUUUCACACAGAGCAACCUCUAUUAUCACUGCUAUGACAUAUCAAGGGGACUGUGCUUCACCAGGAGAAUCUGGCAGCGAGUGCUUCUACUGCUGUAAGAACAAGCGGUCACCCUGGGUUCCUGCAGCCAAGACCACAUCCUUCACAGUGCCACAGCACAUGGAUUUCAGAACUACCUGUGAGGAGACAAAGACAGGGGUUUGCUUGCUACAAGAUGGUAAUCAAGAACCUUUUAAAGUCCGGCUACACCUUGCCAGAGACCUGCUGAUGCUACAGGAGCAGGAUGUGCUGUGUGUGUCUGGUGAGCCUUUCUAUUCUGGUGAAAGAACCGUGACUAUCAGAAGACAGACAGUAGGAGGAUUCGGAUUAAGCAUAAAGGGAGGUGCAGAACAUAACAUUCCAGUUGUCGUUUCCAAAAUCUCCAAGGAGCAAAGAGCGGAACUGUCGGGACUGCUUUUCAUUGGGGAUGCAAUUUUACAGAUAAAUGGAAUUAAUGUGAGGAAAUGCAGACAUGAAGAAGUGGUUCAGGUUCUUCGGAAUGCUGGGGAGGAAGUGACCCUGACAGUGUCAUUUUUAAAAAGAGCUCCUGCUUUCCUCAAACUCCCACUUAACGAAGACUGUGCAUGUGCUCCGAGUGACCAAAGCAGUGGUACCUCCUCUCCUCUUUGUGACAGUGGAUUACACCUCAACUACCAUCCAAACAACACAGACACCCUUUCCUGCUCUUCAUGGCCCACAUCUCCAGGCCUGCGGUGGGAGAAGCGCUGGUGUGACCUCAGGCUCAUUCCCCUACUACAUGCCCGCUUUUCCCAGUAUGUGCCCGGGACUGACCUGAGUCGGCAGAACGCUUUCCAAGUUGUUGCUGUGGAUGGAGUCUGCAGUGGAAUUCUUCAGUGCCUCUCUGCUGAAGACUGCAUGGAUUGGCUCCAAGCAAUAGCAACUAACAUUUCAAACCUCACAAAGCACAAUAUCAAAAAAAUCAACAGAAAUUUUCCUGUAAACCAGCAGAUAGUCUACAUGGGCUGGUGUGAAGCCUGGGAGCAGGAAUCCCUCCAGGACCGUGUGUACACACCUGUGUUUCUUGCCCUGCGGGGCUCCUGUCUUUACAGGUUCCUGUCACCUCCAGUGACCACCUGGGACUGGACUCGAGCAGAGAAGACCUUCUCCGUGUGUGAGAUCAUGUGCAAAGUUCUCAAGGACAGUGACCUACUGGAUCGGCGGAAACAUUGCUUCACUAUGCAGUCCGAGUGUGGGGAGGACCUAUACUUCUCUGUGGAGUUAGAAAGUGACCUUGCCCAGUGGGAACGAGCCUUCCAAACAGCCACCUUCCUUGAAGUGGAGCGCAUACAGUGCAAGACCUAUGCAUGUGUGCUGGAGAGUCACCUAAUGGGCCUCACUAUUGACUUUAGCACAGGCUUCAUCUGCUUUGAUGCAGCAACAAAGGCUGUACUUUGGAGGUAUAAAUUUUCUCAGCUUAAAGGAUCAUCAGAUGAUGGCAAAAGCAAAAUCAAAUUUUUGUUUCAGAAUCAAGAUACGAAACAGAUUGAAGCAAAGGAGUUGGAAUUUUCAAAUUUGUUUGCUGUUCUUCACUGUAUUCAUUCAUUUUUUGCUGCCAAAGUAGCUUGUUUGGACCCUCUGUUUUUAGGUAAUCAGGCUGCUACUUCCGCUGCUGCUGCCAGCUCUGCUUCUACAAGCAAGGCAAAACACAUGGCUUGACAUGCUGAGCUCUGCCUGACAGCCGGCAGGGCCACUCGCUCCCUACUUCCACCCUAGAGAGACCAUGCUGUCACCAAGUCAAUCAUGGAGUCAGAUUGCAAUUCCAGCAGCAGAAAGGUCAGGAGGCAUCUGCAAAUGACCCUGGGAGGGCAGAGAAAAUUAUUCCUUCCCCCCUGAUCUCUAUCAGGAUACAGCUGUCACUGUGUUUGGUGACAAAGGGAUGAUUGGUGUAAAGUAUGUAAAUAUUAAUAAAAAUUGUAAGCUACCUAUAAAUAAAAUACCAAUUAAAUGACUAUUUCUCUAUUUUAGAUGAUUUUCUAUGACAAAUGCAUAUUGGGCCAGAUCAUGAAUCAAUGCCCUAUCAUUGUAUUAUGAGUGUAAAGAAGUUAAAAAAAUAAAAGCAAGGCAAGUAGCAUGCACAUUAAACAGACAAACAAACGAACAACAAAAUGAAAACAAAUGACCUCAAAGACAGAAGCACCUUAACUUAUCCGUGUGAGUUACUUCCUAUAUUCCCAUCCCAUGGUUCCAUAUGAGCACUCCAGCUGUGUUUAUCUUAUUGUAAAAUAUUCUGGAGAAUUAAUAAAGACAAUUACAUUGGCUUGUGAAAACACCCUAGGAAAUGAAACAUUUCUUCUUUGGUGAAUGUUACUAAUAUGUUUUAUAUUAGAAAAUGGUAUUAAUUAUGAAUGUCAAAAACAUUCUACACUUAAACACAUUUCUUCUUUUUUUGCUUAAUGAGGUUUAUGAACAAAUCAACAUUAAUAAAUUUAAAUGUCCCAAAACUCUUGCAGAAAAUAAUCAAUAAAUUCUGUGUAAGAAACAAGUCUUUGUUAUAGUUUUCUCUUUAGUCAUUAACUAAAAAGUUCCUGAAAGGUACUCUCAGAGGUUAUGAAAACUGGUGAUAUUUUCAUUUGAGUUUACUUAUGUGUAAAUCAAGUGAGAUUUGAAAACAAGCAUCAAACAAGCAUCGUGUUAUAAAGUUCCAUGGAAAGGGAUUGAAUAGUGUCCCAUGAGGUAGGCCGCUGCAGGUAGCUUGUUUCAGCACUAGGAAGGUAAAACAUCAAAAAGGUGUAUUGUGGGGUGCGCACUCAUAGCCAAGAACUGGAGAUUGCUCAUCAUACAAAGCACGAGGCAGUCUCUGCCCUUUACUAAGGCUCUGUUGGUGUCUGCUUUAAACAACUAGCUGCUUGAUCAAAAGUAAACAAAUAAAGCCCACUUUUAUCGGUACAUAUUUCAAUUGAAUAUUGUUUGAUUCCCCUUAAAAUGAUCAAUUUCUAAUAAGUAGGUCAGUAUCCCUUCCUUAAAUAGGAAACAAUCCCACAUUAGACUCAAGAGGAAAGCAAAAUCUUUUCUUUAAAGGAACACUUACGCCUAAGUGUAAAGUCAUCAAAUAGUGAACUAUUUUCAUAAUAAUUAGAAAUACUAAUUUAUUUUACACUGGAUUAAGUGAAAUCUCAAAAUGAGAUAUGGAAAUGUUAAGUUAGAUCUAAAGAUGCCUUGCCAACAGAACAUGGAAAUUUGAUAAUAGAGGUUUAUAUAUUCUAUUUGAACAAGGAAUUUCAGUGUAUACCCACAAUAGUCACUUGGGGAGUACUGCUUACUAGAGCCACCAAACACAAAGGCUAUGGUAAUUCUGAAUUUCACUAAGUUCUGAGUUCCACCUGUCUAACAUAGAGGAGAAAGAGUAGAGAGAGACACCCUUGCUAUCUUUUUUGCAAGUUCUGCUGCUGCACAUGGUGGGUGCUGCCCCCAGGGUGGGUGACCACUGGAAUUUAAAACAUACAGUCUCCUGUAAUCAUUCAAAACAACUUCAUAGAGCUCAAGAGAUGGCUUAGUGGUUAAGAAUCUUUACUGCUCUUUCAGGGGACCGGGAUUUGAUUGCAGAACCCACACAGUGACUCAGAGUCAUCCGGGACUGCAAUUUCAGGGGUUUUAAUGCCCUCCUCAAAACUCAGUAGCACCAGAUUCACAGGUGCAUAUACAAACAUGCAGGUGAAACAUCGCCUAAAAAAUCUAAAAGUAGAUUUUACAAAGCUCUAUUUAAGCAUACAAACCCUUUUUUGCUGUUGUUGUUAUAUUAACUAUUCUAUCAGUGCCCCUGUUGUAAAAACCAGCUGAACUGUGAGAUUAGAUCUGAGUAUAGAACUUGUACCCUAUGCGUGUUUGUAGACAUAUGAAUAUAUGUAUAGAGACAAGUACAAAAUGUUGAGCUUAAUUAUACUGAAAGAAAAUGUUUCACAUGCAUAUAUAGCUAUAUAUGUAUUGAGCUAUAAAGUGUUGGUUGAAUUAAAACCUACUAGAACAACCUUAUUUUUCUUACUUUUUAUAAUAUUGGUUAAAAUAUCACCCAAGCUGAAAUUUCUAUUUAACAUGAUUAGUAUAAUAGGUACCAAUUAGGAAAAUACUUUUCUGGUUUUCAUACAUUUACCAGUUAGUAUUUAAUGCUUUCUUUAUAGUGUAAUUAAGCACUGUGAGAUGCUAUGACUUUGGCUACUUAAAUGAGAAAACUGUAGAAAUUCAUGAAAAUACAGAGUUCAACUUCACAGUAAGUUAGGUUAAGAUAUAGAUUUUUUUUUCUAACAAUCCCAAGUUUGAGUAUUAAGCAAACAUGAGAAUGCUUAAUUAUGUGUUAACCCCUUCAGUGCCUUUUUGGAUGUGUAUGCACAUACGUGUGUGUGUGUGUGUGUGUGUGUGUGUGUGUGUGUGUGUGUGUGUGUGUGUGCCUGUGUAGAUCAUUAAAGGGCUUAUUAUUGUGUACACACUGCAAGCUUAAAGGAAAAUGUAGUUAAGUGUGUUAGAGAGAGGAGUUUAAAACAGCUAAGAUGAGAAUGUCUUUUCUGUGGUAAACAAAAAAAUUAUCUGAAAUAAAGUGCAUCAAAGCAGGAGGACUUGAGUUUGUUAUAGGUUAACUCCAAAAUUACCUUAAUAGAUGAUUUAAAUAUAACAAAUACCCAAUGCUUCCUAUCUAAUUCUAUUUUAUAGAGCAGAAUGUGCCAGUAAUUUCUUACUCAUAUUUCAGGCAUUAACUGACUUCUUGUUUUAAAACCUUUGCUUAUAAACCUGUCAUUCAGCAAGAAGAAAAGAAAUUGAAGUCCAGUCAAUACUGGCAAGCAGAGAAGGCACUUCCACAUAGGCAGUGUGGUUGUCCGCUGGUAUAUUAGCUAAUGAAUCCACAUAGCCCUCAUUGACAGUGACUAAGAUUGUUCAUAGUAUAGUCUGGGUUGAAUGCUGGACUUAAGUGAAGCUUGACUUCUGAGGAAACCUCAAUCUGAACAAUCACUUCAUUUUAUUGUUUCACACCAGCAGUGUGGAGAAGCUUUAUCAGUCAGGCACAUGCUUGUGCUUAACUUUGUAAGGUAAGUGUCUGUGCUCUAACCCAACAUUUUGUUUAUGUUGGUAUUGAUGGUCUCAUACACUAAAGGUCUAUCUCAAUCCAUACCUUUAAAAAUCACUGUUUGUGUUUUGUUCUGACUCCUUAAUACUUUAAAUCAUGUCACUUUACAUUAUAGCUUACCUUUAAAGUAAACUAAAAUAUUAUAAAUAUAUAUUUUAUACAUAUUACAAUGCAAUGAAAAAAUAAAAUGUAAAAUGUAAAUAUAUUUAUUUCCUAUUUAAAUGAUUUGGUGGAUGUUUGUAAAAUGUUAAUUCAGAUCUGUGAAAAUUUGCCACUCUGUCUUUGAGUUCAUUAAUGUACAAUUACUAAAAAAAAUACAUUUUUUAAUAAAUCAUACUAGAAAAUAAAAAUGAAAGUUUUUCUACGUUCAA